AUGAGGAGGAAUGCUCAGAAAUGCAACACGGGAGUUGGAGCAAAGGCGGCGGGUGCCGCGCCAACUGUUCCAUCCAUCUUUGCCGACGAACUUUCGCAUCGCAAGCCGCUAUUGCUGUUGGGCGCGAGGCCGGAAGAAUCUCCAGAUUUGACCAAGACGACCGUAUUUUUGAAGCGCAAUCCGCUCGACGCAUCCCGCGAGCUACAACAUCGACCGGCUUUUACAGACACACACCUCGAUCUCCCACACAUAAUUACGAAAACCAUCCAACUAGCCAGUAUGAAUUUCCUACAAACACGGGUACUGGAAGCCAAUGAAGAUACCGAGAGUUGGAGGAUACAAGCUGCUGCGAGUCGUAGCGCUCGUCUUCCAAUAAUCCUGCUGCAGAUGAUCAUUCGCAAGACAGCAUCGCAAGAACCUCGCCAGAAUGAGCUUCUGGAUCUCCUUCCAUCUUCUCAAGAAUGGGAAAAGGCAAUGGACGUCGCACGGCGAAAUGGCUAUUCACAUACUGACUUGGCUUAUUAUCUGUAUAUUCUCGAAGGCAAGACAGAUGACGUGCGCUGCGAAAGGUUUCUUGAGCGCGAUUCAUAUAAGCCACCAUUUAUUCUACACUUUCUCCUCCGGCAAUCUUCUAAGUUCACCAGGCUCGAGACUCUCGAUCGUCUUAUUAGCCAUUGUCGCUCUUCAUAUCUGGAUGUGAUGAGAGCCGAAUCGGAUAGAACAAGCGUCCGGACCAAGAGAUCAAAGCGGGCACAUGGACCGGCGAGUUUCAAUUUCGUCAUGUCCCUUCUUGCGCACCACUGCAUACGGCUUGAUGCUAGACACACGGUCAAACUUGGAGAACUAGCUGUUCAAUAUAUCGAGACAUUAGCGGAAUCAUCCCUACCACAGGAAGAAAUCUACCAAGCUCAAUGCUUGGUGUUUAACCACGGCCUUCGACUGUUUGGUUCGGACUACCGCAGACACUCGAUUCAGAAGUCAUCACCAAAUUCAUUCUUUUGGGAAGCACAGAGAAUUCUUCUUGCUGUUUCUUCCAGGUUGAAACGGCAGCUGCUGGUAGACGUGGAGGGUUUCCGUGCAAUUAGAAAAGUAUUGGCAGGCAUGUCCAAAAACCAAGUCGAAAUACACAGUUCGGUUAGACACGCGCCUACAUGGCCCCCGUAUUUACUACCUGGAGAUGGCAUGGAUGAAGAGAUGGAUCCCGAAGACAGCUGGAGCCGGUCCGUGCGAGCGGGAGUAUUGAUGCAAGAGGCUGGGUUCGCAAAGGACGCGCACGAUGACGCUGUUGAUAUCCUACAGGGCAUGUUUCCGGAUGGUACACCGACUAUCCAGCAACGGGUGUCGCUGGCGAGGAGUCGGAAGGUGGGCCUAUGGGAGGCUUCCAUCAGAGCUACGCGCAAUGCACAAGAAGCUUGGGAGAGGUUCCAGAAUCCUCCCGAAGAGGGGCUUGAACUCGGCUUAGCUGAGUAUACCGCGAUGUUUGAAAAGUUGACGAUGCGAGAAGCCGACGAGAAUACAAGAGCCCUCCCUGGUGACAGAGCCUUAAACUUCCCUACUCCUCAGGAGGCCAAUCUCACCGAAUUUGAAAGGGCUCGCAUUCGCCCGCCAAGUGUCUCUCAGCUUUACGAGAGGAUGCUACUGGAUGGUAUUCGUCCAAGUGGUAACUGUCUUGCAAUCCUGGUGGCCAACACCGAAUCAAUGGAAAUGGCGCGGAAAUAUCUAUACGAUUUCGAUCGAACUGGAGCUCUUUAUCGUCUGGUAUCUCAAGAGAUGGAUGCCCAAGCUCUGAAGAAGGUGCCCAUUGGCCUCAUCUCAGCAUAUAUCCAAGUGAUGACACGACAAGAGGGCAAACGAGCAAGAAAAUACAUGAUACGGGCUAUUGAAUUGGCAGAGCAGCGAUUAGGGCCCAACCAGACACAGUGGUCCAAUUUCAUCUGGGGAACGAUUCUGAAAAACCUAUCACAACACCAUCACGGGUUGAGGAUAGUUGUUUACCAGCAGCUCAAGCUAUCUCUCCAUGUCAUGCAAAAACUUGAUGGACCUGAUGGUCUUCCACUCCCCGCAUUCAUACAGUUCAGUAAGACCAUACGAAAGAUAGCUAAGCGCGAACUCGAACAGCUUUCCACCGAAUUGGAAUCUGAUUCGCCGACGGCUAGAGACCACGCGUUGUGGGCGUUGUACGACGAGAAAUCCAGGCACAGGGAUGCUAUGCAAUGGGAUACUUUCGAUAACAGACCGGGAGCGCUUGGCGUGUUUCGCCACUUCCGGUCUUCCGCUUUGCGGAUGAAUGAGUUGUUUGACAAACUUGCUUCAUAUGAAAGAGAAAGCCGGCGACUACUGGGUACGACGAAAGUGGCACCAUUGGAUGAGAUGAUGUGGCGAAGGGACCCAGCUCGAAGCGAGCACGCUUACGAGUAUAUGAUUUCCUUGGCAUACUUGGGCGAGUUUCAACAGAUGGUCAAGCUGCUUAGUUGGUUAAUCAUGGUGUGGGGGCAGCCUGACGUGGUUCACGCAUUAUCGGAGCUGGACGAGCCGCCGCCGUAUGCUGAUUUUGUGAAGACACUCUGCGCUUUUCGAUUCUUGGCCGAGCCGAUGCUCGAACCAGGGGUGGUGGAGUCUUUGCGGGAAGCAAUUGGCGCGGCUGGGUUGAACUGGACAUGGCCUGACGAGGAGGCUGUGGAGGCGUACGUCCAUAUGCAAGAAGAUGAAUCUCUUCAUGUUUUGGCGCGCGUGCUGGAGCGGGUGCGCUUCUCACGGACAGAAGAUACAAGCAGGGCUGCUGAGGUGGAGCGCGGCAGUGAAUGGAGAAGCCAUGUAUAA